AUGAAAUGGCCUGAAGAGCAAGUUUUCCUGGCUGUGCCCCAGCUUCUACCUCAUUAUGUCAAUCAGACAAGGAUACUGGCGGCAGACAGGCAGAUAGAAAGCGCUAUCAACACUUCGCCACCAGUCACCACGUUCAAGCACUCACUAGCUUGCCGUAGCGUAUGGGACGCCAAGAACGCUCGCUUUGAUAAUUGUUUCCUACCGAUCAUAUCCGUUCUACCUGGUGCUGUCGCUCUACUUGUACUGCUCCACCGUGUGCUUCAGCCGCUGCUGAGGAAGAGGCCGCAAUGGCUGAAACCAUUCGUCGUCGAGGACAUCGAUGACUCAGAUCUCAUUCAGCUCGAAAAGAGAAAGCCCUUCUCUUGGAAAACACGCCUCUUGAUCCUCACCACGAUCAUCGGUCUUGUGACAGACCUCGUUGCGCUUGCCUGGCCACGACCAAAUUUCGCGGCGCUCUUGCCUGCGAUAUCUUGGCUUGCUAAGGUCAAGAAGGCAACUGCUCUCCUGUUCUUGAUCAUAGACCGUCCGAGGAGUACGCCCAAGGGUGUUCUGCUGAUCCUACUGAGUACGGCGGCAGUACAGCUCACACUGCAAUUAAACCAUGAGUCAAAUCUCAAUGUCCAGGACAUACCUGGUGUUGUUGCCAUCUUUGCAUCAUUUGCAGCUCUUGCAAUAAUUCUCUGCACUCCUUUCCGCAACCCCGAUCUACCGCACGAUGACAUCAGUCCUCCGUCUGACAAACCAACAAACGAUCUAAGAAGUCCUGAAGAUAGACUGACUCCUUGGCAGUUCGCAACAGUGACUUGGAUGAAUCCAUUGAUCAACAUUGGCACCGAGCGGCAAAUAAACAACGAGGACGUGUGGAAGCUAAGCUAUCAAUUCCAGCACAAAGCCUUACACGAGCGUUUUCGAGAGCUUCCUGGUUCAGUCCUUCGCCGAUUGCUCAAAGCCAAUGCAAUUGAUCUGAUAAUCAUAUGCACCCUUGGCUUCGUAGAGAUCGCUUGCAGUAAGUUCAAGAUAGUAUAUGCGGGCUCAGCAGCUGAUUCGCGGUAG